UCUGAGUCGUGAGGGCUGUAUACAAAAUCAAGUUGGGUCAUGAUGAAAAAAAGUUUGAAGAAGUCUGCUGUAGAGAAAUAAAAGCUUACGCCUUAUUCUUCUUCCAAAACAGAAUGAAGGUCAUAUGCAUACACACGAAAGAGAUUGUCGUUGUAAUGAAUUCCAGUAUUCAUGUAGUCACCUGGGAUGGGACAUUAUGACUGGCCUCAUAAUAAAAAGAGGAAGGAGCAUCACACACAGCCACACUCACCUCGCCACACACACCACCAUGAGAACACUCAACGUCUUCCUGCUGGUGACCGUGUUCCUGACGGCACUACUGGUGGUGCAAGCCAGGCCCACAUUCCUCCAGAAAGCAGAACCUUACGCCUUCACUCCUAGUCCUCAGUUUUCGUUUAUUCCUGGUCGAUAUACCAGCGGUUAUCAUCCGCACAACCACAACCACCACUACCACCACCACAUCCGACACUACCACCCUUACCGUCACCUCGCAUCAGUUUACGGCUUUGGGUUCUACAAGUAGAUGGCAACAAGGCAGUCGGUGAGCUGAAACUGUCUUCAAGUGGAGUUAAGGUACCGAAUAAUGCACCACAACCACAAGCACCUGGUCUUGUAGUAACAGAGUAUACCAUAGAAAAACAUGCAUUUUCUUUAAUGCUCGUAUAAGGUGUGUGUGUGUGUGUGUGUGUGUGUGUGUGUGUGUGUGUGUGUGUGUGUGUGUGUGUGUGUGUGUGUGUGUGUGUGUGUG